UUAACUUCAAUUAAUACUUUAUAAAAAGUAACACAAUGCUUUUAAAAAUCUCUCUGUCGUUUCUUUUUUUUAUUUUAACGGUUAGUUGUAUGAAUUCGGAGCGUAAGCGUAAAGCUACAUGUCUACCAGAAUUGAAAACUGUAGAACAACUGUAUGAUGAUACGAUUACAGAAAAUGCGUUCGCGAAUUGUAAAAAAUGGGCAGGAAUAAAAGACGAAGAGACAGAUGGAUGUAUUCCAAUUUUUCUAUACUACUUGUACAUGGGUGACAACGUAAACGAUUGGAAUUUUAUAGGAUCGUACUUAGACCAAUAUAAUCAAGGAUAUCUAAGACAAAAUAAUAACAUAGAUGCCCUAAUAUUUAGUGAUCUGUUUAAAAUGCAUUGCCAAAUUAAAGGUACACCAAUUGAUGGAUUUGCCAACGAUAGAAAAGCGGUAACAGAUAGAAAGGAAGUAAAUGGACAGGAAGUGUUUGAAUACUUCCUUAAUAUCACCAGAAAUAGAAACGCGACGGAUCGAGACAAUGAUUUAAUGUGGGAAUAAUAUAUUAAAAUGUCUUAUAAUGUUAUAAUUUGUUUUUUUUUAAAUCUCUUAAAGUGUUAUUAAAAAAAUAUUUCAAAAUACAAUACGACAUAACGACAUUUUAUAAAUCCAAAAUCGCUGUUUCUUUUUAAAUAAACAAUUAUUAGUUA